UUGAAGGAAUAAAUCCUCUUCAGUCCACCACAUUUGAGAAUGUGGCGAGGAGGGUAGCUGUAGAAUGUAAGGGUCUACCGAUUGCAUUGAUAGCUGUUGCAAGGGCACUCGGAGAUGAGGACCUGGAGGAAUGGGAAAAGGCAGCUGAACGACUAGAGAAGUCGCGAUCUCCCAAUCCUAACCAUGAGGAAGAUGCAUUCAAAUGUAUAAGAUUAAGCUAUGAUUACUUGAAACAUGAAGACCACAAGUCAUGCUUCUUGCUCUGUUGCCUAUUCCCAGAAGACCAUGAAAUCAAAACAGAAGACUUGUUCAGGUAUGCGAUCGGAAAAAGGUUGUUUCGAGAUGCCGAAACAAUGGUAGAAGCCAGAGGAAUAGUAGUUUCAGUGGUCAAGUACUUGAAAGAUUCUAGCUUGCUUAUGGAUAGCGAGAAAAAUGGAUGUGUAAAGAUGCAUGAUGUCAUCCGGGAUACAGCCAUUCAAAUUGCAGAAUCUGAAGAUGGGUUUUGGGUGAAAGCUGGCUGUGGUUUAAAGGGUUGGAGGCCACGCGGAUUACAUGCAGGCUGCACUGCUAUUUCACUGAUGAGGAACGAAAUUCGCAAGCUACCUGAAGAGGAGUUGGUAUGUCCACAUCUCCAGAUUUUAUUACUAAACCGGAAUGAUGAUUUAGAUGAGAUCCCAGAAAAGUUCAUCCAAAAGCUGAAUGAAUUAAGGCUCUUGGAUCUUAGCGACACUAGUAUUUCCGUGUUACCGCAAUCAUUCAGUCUCCUUACCAACCUCCAAGCUUUGUAUUUAGAUUCUCGCAAGAAAUUUAUUGACAUUUCUAUAGUGGGAAAACUGAAGAAGCUUGAAAUUCUUAGUAUGAGAAACUGUCCCGGGAGCGGGGGACUUUCGCGUUCAGGAUAUGAAAGUCCCGAGGAGAGGGUAUUGCCGAGAGAAAUAGGACAUUUGACCAAUCUAAGGAUUUUGGAUGUCAAUCGCUCUUGGGCAAGAGCCUCGGUGAGUGGUGUGGUCACAAUUCCAUCUAAAGUGAUAUCAAAGUUGCAUAAAUUAGAAGAAUUGUACAUGGUGUACUGUGGAUUUGAGGAAGCCAAUAUUUUUGAUGAGUUAGCUGGUUUAUCAAAUUUGAAAAUAGUGCAGCUUGGCAUAUCUGAUGCAAAAUACAUCCCUAACAAUGUUGAGGCCAAGCCAGAUUGGGAUUACUUUUAUAUAAGUAUCGUCAGCAGACGCGACUCCGCUGCAUACAAAACAGGAGAUCAUAAUUCAAGAUCCUUGUUUUUUAGGGGAGUAACCAUGAGUACUUUACCUGAUUGGUUUAUCAACGCGGUGACAAAGAAAACAGAGAAGCUAGAGUAUGAGUGCUGCAGAGGGAUGAGUGACAUUCUUAUGGAAUAUGACCAUGGGAGGUUACAUAAACUCAAGCAUCUCACAGUAUCUGGUCAUUUUCUUGAUUCCUAUGUGUACAUGACAGAGUUGAUGAAUACAACAAGACGGGUUCAAAAAGGAUCAGUGUUUGAGAAUUUGGAAGAGUUGCAUCUGAUAUCUCUGAUCCACCUUGAGGAGUUGUGUGUUGGUGAGUUACAACCUGGGUCUCUCUCGAAUCUCAAGGUAUUGCACAUGUUUUGUUGUCUUAUCUUGAAGAAUGUAUCAAAAUUUGUACAGAGACUACCAAAUCUAGAGAAACUAGAUUUAAAUUGGAUGGAUGAAUUGGAAUAUGUGUUUGGAUGCGAAGGGUUCGAGCCAGAACAAUCAAAACUGAGAGAGAUGCAUUUGUUGGGUCCAAAUUUAGUGAAGAAAAUUUGUAGUGGUCCUGCCCCACGCGUAAUGUUUCAGAGUCUUAAAAGUUUGACCAUUUACCGCUGCGAGUUGCUGCGAAGUCUGUUCGCAUGUGAUGUAGCCCAAUGUCUCUUUCAAUUGGAAGACCUUCUUGUAGAGCAGUGCCCUUUGUUGGGUACAGUAAUUGAAGUAGUGAACAACGAGAAGACGGUUCUACCAAAAUUAAAGAACUUGGCUUUGAGGAAACUUCCUAUGUUGUAUGGUGCAAGUGGUACUGUUGAUAUUGAGUGUCCUUCAUUGGAACACUUGAUUGUGGUGGAUUGCCCCCAGUUUUCAUUUUCAACUUCUUCCAAUUACUCUGAAUCCCUCGAAAGCAUGAACCAUGUAUCAUUUUCAACCUCUGCUUCUGACUACUUUGGCAGCACGAACCCAGUCCAACUCAAUGAUUUCCAAAUGUACCAAUUUCUACGUGGCAGAACAUCUGGUUUCCAAUUGUGAAGUCUGUCAAAGUAGAUGGAGACCAUGUAAUGGUCCUGCUGGCUUGCAGUGGUCCCUCAGCUUCUGACUUCCAGAGCAGGGAGUAAACAAGUUCAGCUCUAUUUCUUUGUCGAGGGUUGGUCAUCUAGCUGAGGCUGCAAAACCAAUUGAUACACUAGAAGCUUUACUGGAUCGUGACUUUCAAAACAGCCAGAGAGAUUGUAACAGCCAUUCUAGGAACCUUGGAGAGUGAAGAGAUUAGUUGACAUGCUCAAUCAGGAUGACAUUUGAUUCUUGCCACUGGUAUUUGUAAAUAAAAUUGUUAAAAAAUUCAAGAAUACUGUAAUAUAUAUCUAUGCUGAAAUUGUAGCAACACCAGUCAAGUGAUUUAUGGUCUAAUUAUGCUCGUAUUAUGGUAGUUCUACAGCAUUUCUGAGUUUCCAUUCAAA